GUCGGUCUUUUUAAAUUUUAAAUGUUCCGAGUUAAAUAUUUCAAAAUUAGUGUUAAAACAUCAUUAAAAAUGAAAUAUUUGAUAAAAAAAAGUUGUAAAUAAAUGAAUAAAUUAAUUUUUUAGCAAAAUCUUUUUUAAUUUUUUUAAUAAUCACAUUAACACCGUUGGUUUGAUUUGCAAAUUUCUGUUUUUUUCAAGUUCUGUUCAUCAUCAGCUUCAAUCGCCAUCUUCACUAAUCUAAUCUAAUCUUAAAUUAAAGUUACUAACUAAACCAAAAGAGUUGCUAUUGAAAUCUAUCAAUAAAAUUAAGUAAUUUAAAAAAUGGCAUCUUCGAGAGGACAGUUAGAAACUUCAACACUAAAACAAAACAUGGAAGACCAGUUGGACAGAUUGAUGGAACAACUGGCCGAUAUUGAACAGUCUAAAAAUGAUCUGGACCCCUGUGAGUAUGAGGAAAUGAAGAAUGAUACGAUGGAACAGUUGAGUGAGUUCAAUCUGUCACUCACAAAAAUGAAGGAAGGGAACUUGAGUCUCGUUGAUGAUCUGAACAACAUGCAGUUGGCCAUUCAAGCAGCCAUAAGCCAAGCCUUCAAAACACCAGAGGUUAUCAAGAUGUUUGCCAAGAAGCAACCUAAUCAAUUGAGGGAAUGCCUUCAACAGGUCGAAAGAAAUUUAAAAAUUAAUCAAAUUUCCCAAGAAGAUGCAAGGAAUAAAAAAGUAGAAGUUCUAACUGCCUUGAAAAAACUUAAAGAACCUUUAAGUUCCGAAGAGGAGGCCUACCUAGCUAAACAUUCAUCUAAUCUCGGCGUCAAAUUUCAAAAGAUUGAAGAUGACGUCAUAAUAGAUGGCGGUAGUAGUAAUAAUUUAGGUAACGGUAAGGUUCUCAAAGCAGUCAAAGAGCAGGUCAAGGCUUCGUCAAUUAAUCAGUAGUU